AUGAAGCUUUCUCUCAUUGCUGCCGUUGCUCUUUCCACAGUUGCUUUGUCUCAAGCUGUUGAAGAAAAAAACCACCUUGCAAGUUCUAUCUCCAAAUCUUCUCAUGCCACUAUGGUUAAGCCUACUGCCACCUUGGAUGGGCCUAGUAUCGAUCAUACCUUGUCCACUAAGUCUCAUCAUGCUACUGCCUCCAUCCCUACUGCUACCUGGACUCGUCCUAGCAGUGGUGAUGAUGAUGACCAGCAUCAUAGCGGCCACGACGAUGAUAAUGACGACCACAAACACGGUGAUAAUGACGACCACAAGCAUCACGACUAUGACGAUGAUGAUGAUGACCACAAGCAUCACCACAAGACUUCUACUAGGAAGCAUCACCACAAGACUUCUAAUAGGAAGCAUCACCACAAGACUACUACUAAGAACCAUCACCAUAAGACUACCAGUCAUUGGAAUGGUUGCAGCAACACUGUUACCAAGACUGUAACUGUCACACGCUGGGCACAUUAUCUUUCCUCUGAUUCAUUCUUAGCGUUGAAUAAAAUAUUUCUUCAAUUGCCUUCUGCAAAAAUCGAAAGAAAUGCAAUGACUUCAUUCAAAUUUACUCCCCGCGAGAAUUAA